GUAGGCGAUGGUGACAGAUUUAUAAAUUAAUUCUAUCUGGAGGAAUCUAACGUUAGUGUCCUGUGGUCCUCGCUGGAUUAGCUCGUCCUGUCAAAAUGGCGUGCUGGAAUGUCUGCCGCCCGACGCUCUUGAUUCCGUAUGGGUUGAAGAGUAUCCUGGAAUGUGUGUGUCGUGCGAUAAAAAUUGAGGAACCACAGCAUAUACAACAGUUUAUCGUUGCGUAUUGCAAGGACCUCCUAAUGCACAGAGACCAUGCCCCUUCCCACGACCUUCAUCAAGUCAUACAUCUUUAUCAGAAAAUGCGAGAGCGUGGCCAAGUUCAGAUGAAAAGUUGGCGAGAUUCUCCAGAUCAGGCCAUGUUACCCUGUGGGGAGCCUGCAGAGAUGUGUCAGGACCUUCUCCCCACUGAGUCAACCAGUCUUGUUAGCUGCCGUCUGGCGGAUGAUGCCUUGGAUAUCAGUCAGCGGAUAGAUGUUCAGCCCUCCUUGGCACAGCCUAAGAGUCCAACCAGCCCUGCUGACCCUCCUUUAGCUAGGGUUCAGUCAGCAGUCUUCCAGAGGGUUCCAUCAACAAGCGACUUCCCCGAGGUCCAGGAAACUGUUCUGAUUGAGUCUGCAAUGGCUCCUUCUGCCGAUGUCAUCGUAGUUCACUCAGAGAAACUUCCAGAUGCGAUAGUGUUCCAACUUGACAGCCGCCCCACUUCAGCUUCCUCUGUGAGGUUCAGUGUCACCAGCACACCCUCUGUGACUGACAUGGAUGGGACAGAGGAGUGUGCUCUCGAGAUGGACUCGGGUGGAAUGGUGGUGUUUGAAAGAGUUCCGUCCAAGGAGGAUUGUCUUCCUCCACAGUCUGCAGUGGAUAUAGAAUCUGGUGAGCUGCAGAAUUCAGAGAUUGUAGACAAGCCUCUCAUCCCAACAGCACAAGAAGAGAACUCAGGGGACAUGGAGAAACAUGCAGAAACACUGAAAAUGGCAGCAUCUCAAGAAUUAUUUAAGAUUAUGGGCGUAUCAUCAAAACGCAGCCUGGUCAAAGUAUUCUCAGCACAUUUGAUGAAAACUGAGGAUAGUGUUGAAAAAGUGGAUGACCAGUCAGAGCAGUCAGACAGAGACACGUCAUCCAGAAUAUCUCCAAAGACCUCUAUAACAGUCAUAGAAUGUCCACCUGAACCAGCAAAAAAUUAUAUCACAACUAGUGAUAUUGAAGGUCCAACUGAACAAGCAGCUGACAGUUCAGCAAAGCCUGGUUCACAUCCGAUGAGCUCGAAUGAUCUGUCUGACGAGUCUGAAGAUAAACAAAAAUCACUGAUGGCAGAAACAGUGGGCCGGGCUGAUUCAGCUGACAAAUUCAAAUCCAUGGUAGUACAACUGUCAGAAGAGUGUGUAGCGGAGGUUGUUGGGGUAUUGGAAGGUAACAGAGAGUCUUCUGAAAGUCUAUCAAAUGAUGAGGAGAUAACUGAAAGGGACACUCCUCCUAGAAUAUCUCUAGAGAGAGUAGCUGAGUCAGGUGUGACUGAUGUGGAUGGAGACAUGAGGCAGGCAGGUGUAUCACAGGAUGUUUCUCCAGACCCUUUUUGUUUAGCAGAGACACCUCAGACUGUUAUGUCUGAGGCUGAAAUUGUGUCUCCUCUCAGCACUGUGGAGACAGCUGACAUCCACACAUUGGAAAAUGUGACAUCUGUGGGCAGUCCUGUUCAGAUGAACCUGAGUGAGAUGGCUGAUGCAGACCAUUUGAAUGUAGUCAAGGAAAUGCGUGAGUUUUCGGCAUUCGACAACUCUGAACUUCCACCUUUCAGACAACAUCAACCUGAGGAAACAUCAGACUCGGUCGAUGAGCACACUAGUCUGACCAGCACUGCUGAUGAGGAUGAUCUGAAUGCAAGCAACACUGCAUGCAUCCCAUGUGAGACUGUUUCACCACUCUGCACUGUACAGAGAGAUGAAGAGACAGAAGCACAAGAACCAUCUGUGGAAGAUGCUCUCAAUUCUAAUACUGCAUGCAUCCCGUGUGAGACAGUUUCACCACUCUGCACUGUACAGAGAGAUGAAGAGACAGAAGUACAAGAACCAUCUGUGGAAGAUGCUCUCAAUCCUGCUACUGCUGUAGAAUUAGUAUUACUAGCUGAAAGUUCUGGAAGUGACAACACUGAAUGUCCGGAAAGAGCAGAGAACAUGCUCCAAGAGAAUGUGGAGUCUGCAACACCGAUAUGUUGUGGAACGUACACCACAGAGAGGUUAGUUUCAGAACCAGUAGAGGAGAACAUGGACAGCACGACUGUUGUCACCAGUUCCUGUGAGCAGAACAUGAGUAAGAUUACUGAGACAGCACCAGUUCCACAGACACUGCAGACAGAUGCAUCACCCAUACUUUCUCCAGUCACUUGUCCUGAACCAGAGGGACCUCAGACUGCACUAUUGGAGUUAGAGCUUGUUUCACCUCUCCCUAUUGGGCUGGCCAGAGAAGAGGCAACAGCACUGCAGCCAUCUGUUGAUGGAGCUUCUUGUACCUCAUCUGUGGUUAAUGACAAAACUAAUUCUUCUGACAGUGAAGGAUUCCUGUUAAAGAGUGGACUACUUGAAAGCUCAGAAACGGAAACCUUUGAUAGGAUUGAAAUAGAAGGAAUUGUUGUCCCCAAGGACUUGGAGGCAGUUUCGACUGGACGUUCGGGAGACGUCACAGAAGAAUCUCCAUGCCAGCCGGCAGAGGACAGUGUAGACCACAGAGUGUCCUUUCCCACCGUGUCCAGUCAGGCAACAGUGAAUGACAACACAGGGACAGAUGAUUUAAGCUUGACCACAGGGACAUCUGAUUCUGUUGUUGACAUCUUAGAGCCAUCACCCCUCAAACAAGUCCCCUCUGAGGAGAGAGGGCUUGCAGCCGAUGCACCUGCUCAGAUAUUCACCACUACUACCACUGAAGAAAAUCCAGACGUAGUAGAGGCCACCGAUUCAACUAAUAUAACAUUGGCUGCAGUUCCCAGUCAGGAGGGGGACAUGAGUAGAUCCAGAGGAACAACAGACAGGGGGACUUCCCCUGGAAUACCACCAAGAACCUCCUCUGUGUUAGGCUGUGUGCAUGCCAGUAUUCAGGUGUCAUGCGUGAGUGUGGACGAGACAGCCAGAGACAUGCAGGGAGAUCAGAACCCUGCCUCAGGCAGCCAGCUCACAGCCCCCCCCUGCACUGGAGACGAGACAACAGCUCCACCAACAAAGAGCAUACAGACUGAAAUUGUACAAGCUGAGGAGCAGCAACAACACACUGAGGAUGCAGUGACUGGACGAGGAACUCCCGUCGACACAGUCUUCAAGACCUCGGUCGAUCAGAUGUGGACUUUGUACCAUCUGCCCCAUAGCAGCGACGAGGGCACUCUCUGCACCCAGGUCCUGUUCCACCCGCCCUUCAAUGGCAGCGCCUACAUCCGAGCCUUCGGGCCUGGGCACGUUCUCAUGGCCGAGAAGUCUCCUCAGCCCUCCAGUCACAACCUCCAACAGGCCCCUGGAUGGCCCCGAGAGAGCACCGUCCAGGCUGCUGACCACCCCCAACACCAAAAAAGAGCCCAAGACGUGGCCCCCUCAGCUAAGGCCGCCACUGCUGCGGACUCAGUUCGCCCUUCAGCCUCCUUCCCAGACACAGACACCGUGGAAAUCAGUCUGCCCAAUUUCCUGUUGUGCACCGAUGACAGGAUGAAGCAGGAGACGGCUCUCCUGGGGGCCCCCGGGGGCGCCUCGUCGGCGGUGAGGGUGAGACGAGACGACGCGGCGGGCAUCCUGUCCCUCUCCAUCCCCUCGGCCAGCCUCAGUGGCUCUCAGUGGGGCAGCGGUCAGGCCCAGUUCCUGCAGCUCAUCACCGAGGAGGGCCGUACCGUCUAUUCGCCUGCCGUGGUCCGCAUUGCCACACACCAUGCUGACCAGAGCAAGUAGAAGUGGGAGAUUAUACGCACCAAGAUGGACACAUAUUUGCCAGACUGAGCCUGAACAGUCAAUAAAGCUGAUAUGGAUA